AUGAUGCUUAAAUUCACCCUGCUACCGGCUCUGGCCUCGGCGCUGGCCCUCUUCUCGCAGCACGUCCUCGCGGCACCCGCUCCUAUUGGCGGCUUUAUACCUGCUGGCAACGACACUCGCCCCGUCAUCCGUGCCGAUUCUUCAGGCAAGCUACAAGACUCGCUCCUUAAUGAACGCGGCGAAUUGCUCAGCGAUGCUCGCAUCGUCCUCGAAUCUCGUCAAUCUCCCGGAUUUGCUUAUGGAAGCCAAAAGGUACGAGGAGUCAACAUUGGAGGAUGGCUCGUCGCCGAGCCCUGGAUCACACCGAGCCUCUUCGAAAGCACUGGUGACUCGCGCGUCAUUGACGAGUACACAUUCGGCCAGUACGCCAACAACGCCUACGGUAGAAUGCAAUCGCAUUGGGCCAGCUUCUACACCCAAUCCGACUUCAACCAGAUCGCAGCUGCCGGUCUCAACCACGUACGCAUCCCCAUCGGCUACUGGGCCUUUGACACGUCGGCAGGCGAACCAUACGUCCAUUCGAACCAGGCCGAUUACCUCGAGAGCGCCAUUCAGUGGUGCAGGAAUGCGGGUCUCAAGGUCAUCAUCGACCUCCACGGCGCUCCCGGAUCGCAAAACGGCUUUGACAACUCCGGUCGCAAAGGUUCAGCCAACUGGCCCAACGCCCAGAGCAACAUCGACCGUAGCGUCAAUGUCAUUUCCAGCAUCGCCGCGCGCUACGCCAAGUAUGACGGUACCGUCACCUCGAUCGAGCUUCUCAACGAACCUGCCGGCUUCCUUGGCGGUAACAUGCUGCCAGCGGCCAAGCAGUACUACAACUCGGGCUACUACGCUGCACGAUCCAAGUUUGGCAAUGCUGCCAUCAUGAUCCACGACGCUUUCCAGGACCUCUCGUACUGGAACGGCUUCAUGCAACCUCAACAAUAUCAGGAGGUUCUGCUCGAUACGCACAUCUACCAGGUCUUUUCGCCAUCCGAGGUGGCAUUGUCCGAGAACGAUCGACUGAGCAACUUUUGCAACAUGAUCAACGACCUUCAAACGUCCAACCGCAACCUCUACACGGUUGUCGGUGAAUGGUCCAACGCUCCUACCGAUUGUGCCAAGUAUCUCAACGGUAGGGGUGUGGGUGCUAGGUACGACGGCAGCUAUCCGGGAAGCUACUACGUCGGCAGCUGUUCCGACAAGACGGGCGACGGCUCCGCCUUUUCCAGCUCGUACAAGGACUACCUGAGGCGUAUGUUCGAGACGCAGGUGUCGGUGUACGAGCGUGCGUCGGGAUGGGUGUUCUGGACGUGGAAGACCGAGUCGGCUGCGGAUUGGGAUUACCAGCGCGGUCUGAAGGGUGGAUGGAUCACGUACAAUCUCAACUCGAGGCCAAACGCUCGUUGCUGA